AUGGCCAACAUCCUGGCUUCCGACCACCUCAUCUACCGAGCCAUCGAGCACUGGGACGCGCCUAUGCUCGCCCAGCUCCAUCAAGACACCCAAGCGCACGUCACCUCCACACCAUUCCUACCAACACCCCAGGGCAGCGCCAUCGCCCAGACUGACCUCGCCAACUUCGAGAGAUGUCUGCUGGCGGCGAUGAUCUGCAUCAAAGCUCCAGACGGCCAGUCUCCAGACAACGCUUUUCCAAUAGGAAUCAUCUCGCUCAAAGACCCCAACUUGCCCGGUGGACGCCACUUGCGCAGCGCCAAACUCGGAAUCAACCUCUUGCCGGAGUACCAGAACCAAGGGUACGGCACGGAGGCAGUGCGGUGGUGUCUGGAGUGGGGCUUCAAGCAGGCUGGGCUGCAUAAGAUUGGUACGUAUGUGUAUGAGCACAAUGUGCCGUCCAUGAAGUUGUGCGAGAAGGUUGGUUUCAAGCUGGAUGGCAGGAUGAGGGAUGAGGUGUGGUUCGACGGACGGUUCUGGGACGACUUGGCGUACUCGAUGCUGGAGGACGAGUGGAAGGACAGGUGUGGCGAUUAG